AUGUAUGAAACUUAUUAUUUUAUCUCGCUAAUGAUUUUUAGAGAUUUUAGAAUAAUUGUGAAAUAUAAUAAAUAUCAAAUUUCCAUUUUAAUCUUAUUUUUUGUAACUCUAUAUUAAAAUGGUGGAAUUGUGUUAGGAGCUUAAUAUAAUCAUAAUAUUUUUUUCUUGUCCACUCAAAUCACAUACUUUUUGCCAGUCCUUUUUAUUUCUCUUCUAAUAAAUUCAAAAACUCUAUUUCAAUACAGUUACGCUUAUUCAAAAAUGCAAAAAUCACUUAUUUAAUAUUAUGCUUAUAAAUAAUUUAAUACUAGAGUUACUUACAUUCAUCCAUUUAUUUUUAGUGAUAAAUACUAUUUUUUAUUCAAAAUUUGA